AUUCUUGUUUGACCAAAUAUGUCAAUUUGCAAAUAUUGUUGCAUGCCAAUAGAAGACUGCAUGUCGUCAUAAGUCACAACGCAAAAGGGACUUUCAAUCAUGAAACAAUAUCUAAUCAAAGAUCGUUUAACUGUAAUCAGUUGGUCGCUGACCGCACUGGGAACCGCGCGCACCAACACGACAGAGACAAACGCACGCACAAUGGAUAAUUUUCAAAUCGUGGACUUUAAUUCUCUGGAUGAGACUGUUCAGAAUCUGUUGAUGGAAGCUGUCAAAAUUAGGAAACGGGCCUAUUGUCCUUAUUCCAAUUUUUCUGUUGGUGCCGCUAUACUUACCGAAGAAGAUUCGAGAAUGUACGCCGGAUGCAACAUUGAGAACUCCACUUUGACACCAUCGAUGUGCGCAGAGAGGUCGGCUGUUGCGAAGGCUGUCUGUGACGGUUACACGAAAUUUAAAUGUGUGGCUAUAGUAGCCCAUCAAAGAGAAUUCACUGCGCCCUGCGGGGUAUGUCGGCAGACCCUCAACGAGUUCUGUAGUUCGGACGGUGACAUCGAAAUCUACUUGAGCAGGCCGACAAUGGAUACCGUUCUAUGUACUAAACUAUCACAUCUUCUACCUCUUUCGUUCGUGAGUUUUAAAAAGGAUAGUGUCAUUACGUAAAAACGGAAUUGAAAAAAAAAAACAAUGAAAGUGACAGUAUCAGCGUUAUUACGUAAGUGUAAUUUUACGGCUUCAAUCAAGAGAAAAAGUAAAUGAAAGAAAUUGAGAGGUUUUAAUAAACUUUAUUGUAUAAUAUUCUCACUUUGAUAACACAACGCUUAGAUUACUUAAUAAUAGGUGCAAUGUGUGUGAAUUGAGUUUCUGAAGAAACGUUGUUAUUAAACAGACACUUGUUUUCAUGAGAAUCAAACACAAACUGUGUUGUGAAGAUCCACCUUUUGCCGGGGACAUCCCCGGCUAAGCGAAACUAAGAACCUUCUGGUGGUAAUCUUUACACCAGUUUAAAAUUUAAGAAAUUAACAGUCUUGAUUUGUUGUUUACUAUAACAAUGAAAUUUGAAAUAAAAAUUUUUGGUCAUUUUUCUAAAGGUUUACUCGUAAAAGAAUUGUACCUUUUCCAAUGUUCUUGCCAUGGUUAGUUUUGUAUUCUACUUUUCAUAAAUAAAUAUUACUUGUAAAAGUAGAGAUAUUUCCAUUGUUGGCAACUGUCAUUACGUCUGUAUGGACAUUAUUUUUUAUUUAGUGCUUACACAAAAAUAAAAAAAUUUGCGAAAUGUAUCCAAAUUCUUGUAAAUUAUUACGUUCACAUAAUAAUUCGUUUAAUUUUUGCUAUGAAACUAUGUGUCUGAAUUAUGUUUACGAUGUUAAAUGUAAAAAAUCGUUAUGAGUUAAUGGAAAUGCAAAAUGGCAGUCAACAAUUAUUAUUACCAUAAUUAUAC